UUCAUAUAAGCUUAAACUCGCUAUCUCUCUCUCUCUCUAAAUUUAUCUCAGUAAUUUCUCUCUCCGUACGUCUCUCGCCAGAACAUAAAGCUCUCUGUCUGUAUCAGUGCGGUGGUGGUGCUCAUGGUUCCCGCCAAUCGCCACUCUCAUUGAAACCCUAGUUUCUUCAUCGCUCCCAUUAAUCUUCGUUUCAGAAAAGAUAGCGGUUUUUAAGGGUUUGGAUAUAUGUCCCAAAAUCAAUACAGGAAGACCGGCCGACCCGUUAACUUCAAUCAGCACCGCGGCGGUAAAAGCGGUGGUGGAGGGGGUAGCUCCGGCCCUCCUCCUAAUCCCUCCUUGUCAUCCAAUAGAAGCUUCAAUAGGAAGUAUAAUAAUGCACAAGGAGGGCAACCUAGGGCAAGUGGCCUGAAUGCUACUUCAGAGGGUAAUGCUCCAUCUGCAACUCGAGCAGUGCAGAAUGGUGCUCACCAGCAACCGCCAUUAUCUGGAGUGUCAGAUUUACCUGUUACAUCUGCAAGUAUACCUGCUUCAAUUACUCCUUCUAAGCCCGCUGAUGAGGCAACACAAAAAAUGGCUCGAACUGUGCCAAUAGCCCCAUUGUCUAAUGUUGACCCUACUGGUCCCGACUCAAAUACAGCAGUUGCUCCUCCCAAAGCUCCAGGAGAUGUAUCUAGGUCCUCUUUCCCUUUGCAAUUUGGCACAAUAAAUCCUUGUUUUAUGAAUGGGAUGCAGGUACCUGCUCGAACAAGCUCAGCCCCACCAAACUUGGAUGAGCAGAAACGUGACCAGGUUCGCCAUGACUCUUCAAGGGCUGUACCUGCGCUGCCAACUCCAUCAUUGCCUUCCAAGCAAUCACUGCCAAGAAAGAAUACAGGGACAGUUGACCAAGCUAGUACUGGUGAGGCUCAUCCUGUAGUGGCCAGGUCCAAGAGGGAUGUGCAAGUUUCAGCUCCAUCCCCUGUGACCCAAAGUCAAAAGCCUUCUACUCAUCCUUUGCCAGGAAUGCCUAUGCAAAUGCCAUUUCACCCUCCUCCUCACCCUGUUCAAUUUGGUCCACAAAUUCAAUCUCAGGGCAUGUCAGCAGCAUCUUUGCCUAUUCAAGUGCCAGUGCCCCUACUUGGGAAUCCCCCUUUGCAGCAGCCAAUGUUUGUCUCUGGUUUUCCACCUCACCCAAUACCAUCUCAAGGAAUCAUGCACCAAGGACAAGGUUUAAAUUUUUCAUCUGGAAUGAGUCCUCAGAUGCCUCCACAGUUGGGAAAUAUGGGAAUGAAUAUGCCUCCACAAUUUCCUCAGCAGCAGGCUGGAAAAUUUGGAGGUACUCGCAUACCUGUAAAGAUUACUCAUCCAGAAACACAUGAAGAAUUGAGACUUGAUGGAGCACCUGGUCCAAGGCCACAUCCUAAUAUGCCACCUCAGUCACAGUCUCUAUCCUCAUUCCCACCUACUCAUUCUAUUAAUUAUCACCCUAAUUCAUAUAAUAACAACAGCUCUGUCUUUUUCCAACCUUCAAAUUCUCUUCAACCUAAUAACACACAGAGUUCUCAGCCUGCAAGGCAUUAUAAUCAGGUGACAGUAAAACCAGCUUCUGUUGUGUACGGAGAAAAAGACCAGUUACCUUCAGUAAGUUCACCCACUGCAAAGGAUUCACAGAAACACUCAAAGCUCCAUGGAGCAGCUUCAAUUCACCCCCAAAGAGAUUCUCAGAUGUCUUCUCAGAAUUCUGUGCCUCAGUCAAAACCUGGUGAUGGGUCACUGCCUUCAUCAGUUCCUGCAGCUAGUAAGCCAUCCACUGUAGUUGUAGGUUCUUCUCUGGAAGGUGCACCAUUGUGUUCAUCUUCAUCAAAGACAGCAUUGGUUGAGAGUUCUACAUCAGUGCCAAUUGGCACCACUGAAGAAGCAUCAGUCCCCGACUCCAAAGAUUGGCAGAAAAAACAAGGCCAUAGAGGGCCUCAAUCCACGCAGGAUCAGAUUGCCAAACAAUCUUUAGUUUCGCCUUCUCUGUCACCAGUAACCAGAGAGGUUGAUAUGCCUGCUUUGGCGACUAGUGUCAAUCUGGAAACUACUAGGGAACCAUCAUCCAUACAUUCUACUGACUUGGAUACUAUUGAUGCUAAAACCAAGGAGGGACAAACACAAUAUUCUUCCAAUCCUUCUGGCACUUUGAGUCUUGAAGGUGACCCUCCAAUGCCUGAAACCUUGAGUAAAAAUGACAAAGACUUGAAGUUGCAAAAGAGUCUCAAACAAGAUAGCAACACUUUUGGAGCUUCUUCAGAAUCUGUUUCCUUCAAGGCUUCUGAACUUAUCAAUCAAACUGAAGAGUCCUCUUUACAGAGAGUUACUAAUUCCAUUGAUUGUGGCACUUCAGUAGAAACUACACUGAAAAAGUUUGAUGAAUCUGCCAUAGGUUCAGUUGAAGGUGAUAACAAGGAUCAUAGUUUGUCAUCAUCCCUUUCAGUGAUAAAUGAUGUGAAACCUGAGGAUAGCCCAUCAUUAGUAGGUCUAUCUGCUCGUGGUGGUCAUGUGGCCAGUAAAGAAACUGAUGUCUCGACAUCUGCUACUGGAAAUCAGGAAUCUGAUCCUCGGUCUUGUCAAUCUCUUUCCAUGACAACAUCAAAAGGUGAAGAUGAAAAUACUGAAAGUAAUACUGCUGGUUCCUUUGCCAAGGAGAAGUCUCUGACAGAGCAGAAUAUGCAAAAAAGUACCACUAGAGGAAAGAAAAAGAAGAAAGAAAUAUAUAAAAAGGCAGAUGCUGCUGGUGCAACUUCUGAUCUUUAUAUGGCAUAUAAAGGUCCAGAAGAAAAGAAAGAAACUGCCACAUCUGCAGAAAGUAUGGAUAGCACCACUAGUGAUGGUUCAAAACCAGUCACCCCUGAAGUUGUGCAAGAUGUGUCAAGCAAGAAAGGCACCCAGAUCAAAGUAGAGCCUGAUGAUUGGGAAGAUGCUGCUGAUGUUUCUAGUCCAAAGUUGGAAACUGCAGAAAAUGGACAGCGAGUUAUUCAGGGAUUUAAGAAUUAUGGUGAAGAUGGUGAUGGAACUGGAACCAAGAAAUACUCAAGAGAUUUCUUACUUAAAUUUGCAGAUCAAUAUAUCGAUCUUCCAGAGGAUUUUGAUAAUAACACUCCUGAUAUAUUGGAGUCAGGGAUGGUUGCUAAUGUGAAUUUUUCACGUGAGUCUUACCCAAGUCCUGGUAGGGGACCUUCUGGUGUGUCUAGAUCAGACCGUCGUGGAGGUGGCGUGGCAGAUGAUGACAAAUGGAAUAAACUGCGUGGAUCUGCUAUGGCUGGGAAUAUGCGGCUGGACUUGCCUUAUGGUGGUAAUCUUAUGGGAUUCCAACCUGGCCAAGGAAGUAACUAUGGUGUUUUGAGGAACCCUCGUUCACCAUCACCAAUUCAAUAUGCCGGUGGCAUCCUUGCAGGGCCAAUGCAGUCCAUGGGUCCUCCAGGAGGUCUGCAAAGAAAUGGUGUUGAUGCUGAUAGGUGGCAGAGGGCUAGUGCAUUCCAAAAGGGGUUAAUUCCUUCUCCUCAGACUCCUUCACAAAUGAUGCACAAAGCUGAUAGGAAGUAUGAAGUUGGUAAGAUUACAGAUGAGGAGGAAACGAAACAGAGACAAUUAAAAGCAAUUUUGAACAAGCUUACUCCACAAAACUUCGAAAAAUUAUUCCAGCAAGUUAAAGAAGUAAAUAUUGAUAAUGUAACAACGCUUACUGGUGUUAUUUCACAAAUUUUUGAUAAAGCUCUGAUGGAACCAACUUUUUGUGAGAUGUAUGCCAACUUCUGUCAUCACCUUGCUUCAGAGCUACCUGAUUUGAGUGUAGACAAUGAAAAGAUCACUUUUAAGAGGCUGCUUUUGAACAAGUGUCAGGAAGAAUUUGAGAGGGGAGAACGAGAGGAACAGGAAGCUAAUAUAACUGAUGGGGAUGGUGAAACUAAACUAUCAGAUGAAGAGAGAGAGGAGAAAAGACUAAAAGCUAGGAGACGGAUGUUGGGAAACAUCAGACUGAUUGGAGAGUUGUACAAAAAGCGUAUGUUGACAGAGAGGAUUAUGCAUGAAUGCAUCAAAAAGUUGCUAGGUGAGUAUCAGAAUCCUGAUGAGGAAAAUAUUGAAGCAUUGUGUAAGCUAAUGAGCACAAUUGGGGAGAUGAUAGAUCAUCCUAAAGCCAAGGAGCAUAUGGAUUUUUAUUUUGAAAUGAUGUCAAAUUUGUCAAACAACAUGAAACUCUCAUCUAGGGUAAGGUUUAUGUUGAAGGAUGCAAUUGAUUUGAGGAAGAAUAAAUGGCAGCAGCGAAGAAAAGUUGAAGGACCAAAAAAGAUUGAGGAAGUGCAUAGGGAUGCUGCUCAGGAACGGCAAGCGCAAGCUGGUGGUGGUAGAAUGUCUCGUACUUCUAGCAUGAGUUCUUCUGUUAGAAGGGGUCAAGCAAUGGACUUUGUUCCCAGAGGUUCAAGUAUGUUACCUUCUCCAAACUCCCAGAUGGGUGGUUUCCGACCUGUGUCCCCGCAAAUACGGGGUUAUGGUGGUCAAGAUGUUCGGACAGAUGAGAGACAACAUUCUUUUGAUAACAGGACUUUUUCAGUUCCUCUGCCACAGAGAUCCCUUGGUGAUGAGAUCACCCUUGGACCCCAGGGUGGUCUUGGAAGGGGAAUGUCUUUUAGGGGACAGGGAGCUGCACCAAGCAUCCCUUCCACAGAUAUGCCAAGUCCAGGUGAUUCGCGAAGAGUUUCAUCUGGUCUAAAUGGCUAUAGUCCUAUGCCAGAUCGGUCAACCUAUGGCCCAAGGGAGGAUCUCGUCCCAAGGUACAUGCCAGAUAGAUCUAGUCAAUAUGAUCAGCCUGGUACACAAGACCGGAAUAUGCCUUAUGGUAGUAGGGAUCGCAGUUUUGAUACAGCUGUUCCCACAUCGCCUCCUUUCAGAGGUGGAGGGGCAAGCUUUACGCAGAAUGUUCCUUUGGAUAGUGCAUUACCAGAAGAACACUUGCGAGACAAGUCCUUGAAUGCUAUUAGAGAAUUCUACAGUGCUAGAGAUGAGAAUGAAGUUGCCUUAUGUGUGAAUGAACUUAAUGCUCCAAGCUUCUAUCCUUCAAUGAUUUCUAUUUGGAUCACGGAUUCUUUUGAGAGAAAGGAAAAGGAGAGGGAUCUUUUGGGGAAACUACUUGUCAAUCUAGCCAAAUCUGGAGAUGUUAUGUUAAGUCAAGAUCAACUUAUUCAAGGGUUUGAAUCUGUUCUGAGUAGCUUGGAGGAUGCAGUAAAUGAUGCUCCUAAAGCAGCAGAGUAUCUGGGUCAUCUUUUUGGGAGAGUGAUAAUAGAAAAUGUGAUUCCAUACAACGCAAUCGGGCAUUUAAUAUAUGAAGGCGGGGAGGAGCAAGGACGGUUGCUAGAGAUAGGGCUUGCUGCAGAAGUUCUUGGAAGCACAUUGGAAGUGAUAAAGUCAGAGAAAGGUGAUUCUGUAUUGCAUGAGAUAUGUAGAAGCAGUGACCUGGUGCUAGAAAACUUCCGGCCUCCUGGAUCUAACAAGCAAUGGAAACUAGACAAGUUUAUUUAGGUGAGGAAGAUGGAUAGAGAGAGAUAUAUUGAGAUUGAUUGUAUUUGGUAGAAAGGCUGCUUAGUUCGUUCGUCACGCUUAUCUUUUUCACAAAUAUAAUUUUGAUUUUGAAUCGGGAAUUUUUAUGCUGCAGCAGCAGGGUUUGUCCUGUGUUGGAUGCUUUCAAUAUUAUGAUUAUUAUUUGGUUUAAAAAAGUGGGAAAAGUUAAGUUGAGCUGCUUUCU